GUUCCAGGGAUGUGCCACACAUCAAGGAAGCAGCUCUGUGAAAGUUUGCCAUAGGGUAUUAGGCAAUGCAUUGUUGGAUGGAGCUUUCAGCAUAACCAUUAGUUAUGAGUUUGAUUCUAUCAGAAAAAAUGAAAAGGGAGAGUGUUUCACUGUAUGAUUAUCCUGCUGGGACACGUCCUUGGGGUUUUUCACCCCGCGGAGGUACAGAGUGACACUGGCAGUUAUGAUCCUUCCUUUUCCAUGCAGUAAUGCAUGGAAUGACUUCUGGCAAGUGAACAAGUCCUGUUUGUUUUUAAUUCUUAGGAUAUUGGAGUUAGAUAUUCCAGCCUCUGCUUUAUCCAAGACUUUGACAGACUGAAUUGCAGUGAUAACUUAUCUUUUACCUUUCCCAAGUGUGGUAAUACUGAUGCAUGCAGAGGGGUGUCUGUAUUUGCAGAAGCAUGAGACUUUAAACAGGGUGGGGAGGCAUAUUCCCAGAAUACAGAGUUAGAAUCACAAUAAUAUCGUGGUACAGGUUUAUUGCUCAUCAUUAUCUGGGAGAGGACUAUUUAGCUGAGAAAAUUCACAUUCACUGCUAUCCCUGGUACAGAGUCCCUCGCAGUCAGUCGUGCUCACUGAACUCUGAUGCAUUAUGAACCCUAUAGACAAACCCUGGUCCUGCUGAGUGAUUCAGUUCUGGUACCAAGAUCACCACUAACUUGAUCGAGAAUUGCUGCACACUCAGCUUGUUGCUAUUACUAUUGUCAGUUCAACCCAGCAAUGUGCAUCCCACAUAUUAGUACAGGCUGGGCUCAGAAAUGCCAGGGGACAAGAUGCUUUUGGUUCUGGCUUGAGAUAAAGCUUUUAAGAGCCUAGGACAGAGGUUUCUACUAGAUUAUUCUUGAACCUGGAAAGCUUCCCAAACUAGAAUCUACUGUGAGUAGUACAGGAUGAUCCAAUUGCUGUCGGUAACUUGAAUUCCUUUCUUGGACAGAGUCAGAAUCAGUACAGAGAACAGACAAUUCCAUCCAAAAAAUAUGGAAUGAUGGGCAAGGCACAUAAUAGCAAGUGUAAACGAUGAUUGCCAAGACAGAUUUUUCUCUUCAGACAGAAGCACAAAGUUUCGUUCUUCUCUCUCUUGAACCCACACUUAUUGUUAAGAGCAAGUUAAGAACUAAUGAAGGCAUUAGCAGGUACUGAAGAACAGUCUGUUGCUUGCUAGCCAAAACUUCUGGGGUGCAAGAAGGUAAAAUAAGUUACUAUAAAUGCAUUUUGUUGGUGAGAUCUCAGCUCACGCUCAGCUAAUUGGCCUGUUUUGCAGGACUUAACCUGGUGGCAUAAGAACCUUGAAAUAAAUCUCUUAGCUACGAUUAGAGAUGAGAGAUUAGCACGGGCAGGAGAGCUGAAGUCUCUUUCUUCAUCUCUGCUGGGACAGAAGAACUACACAGAUAUCAGGAAAUCAGUACUUUGGUCUUCCUCAGGAUGCCUGAUCCAGGUAUUUUCUCCACUGUACUCAGCAAGUUGCCAGUUUCAAGAUCCCGUUCAAUCCUCUGAAGCAGAUUUCUGCUGCAUGCCUUGGAUAGAUGUUUCUAAUCAGCUUACAAGCUUUCCUUGACCUACGCUUUAUUUCCUAACUCUGAUCCGACUAUGGCUGUCCUCAAAGUAAAAUUCACCAAAACUAAGAGGGACAAAUUGGCUCAGAUCUUAUGGAUCCUCAACUGGGUUUCUGUAGUGAGCGGGAUCAUUCUCUUCAGUCUUGGCCUCUUUCUGAAAAUAGAGAUCAAGAAGCGCAACGAAGUGAUGGCAAAAGGGGAUGUUAACUCUGUCCCCAACAUGCUGAUCUCCGUAGGGGUCAUAGCAUGUAUCAUCAACUUCCUGGGUGGCAAAAUCUGCUAUGACUGCUCAGAUACCAACAAGUUCUCUCGAUGGAAACUAGUUAUGCUCCCAUACAUCGUGUGCACCUUCUGUUUUACCUUCUGCAUCCUGGUGGGUGCUCUCAUGUGCUAUACCAUGAGGAACGAGCUGGAAGAGUCUCUCUAUCUGGGACUGAGGGAUGCUAUUAAGUUCUAUAAGGACACAGACAUACCUGGACGAUGUUUCUUAAAGAAAACAGUGGAUAUGUUACAAAUUGGUUUCCAGUGCUGUGGAAACAAUGGCUUUAGAGACUGGUUUGAAAUUCAGUGGGUAUCUCAUCGUUACCUGAAUAUGGCUUCCAAGGAAGUUCUGGACCGCCUGAAGAGCAACGUUGAUGGGAAGUUCUUGGUGGAUGGAGUACCCUUCAGCUGCUGCAACCCAAGCUCCCCACGGCCCUGUAUCCAGUACCAGCUGACUAACAACAGCGCUCACUACAACUACGACUUUCUGACAGAGGAGCUCAAUAUCUGGGUGACGGGGUGCAGAGAGGCCCUGCUGGAGUACUACAUGGUCAUUAUGAGAUCCAUUGGUAUUACAGCACUACUUAUUUGGUUGUUUGAGCUCUCUGUCCUUAUUGGUGUCCGGUACCUACAAACAGCAAUGAAGAAUGUCCUCCUGCUAGGAGAUUUGGAGGGCGAGUCAGAUGGUUGGUUACUAGAAAACAGCUUUGUGGAAACUGCCAAAUACAACAUCAAUAUCAUCAAGAACCUCGGCAAAGCCAACCAGAUCUCCACUGUCUCAGGCAUGAAUGACCCCAACAUCAACGUUCAAAACACAAACUGUGACAAAACCAAUGUUACAACAAAAUCUAUCCCAGCAGCUAGCUAGGCAAGUCUUCAAAGAAACAACAUCGCAAGUGUAGCUUUGACAUAUCUGACGUAAUGUCACUGACCAGGAUGCCCUGUGUCUGUAAUUCAUUGAUCGUGGUACACAGGAAAAACAUACUAAUACAGAAUAGAGGAUAAGAGACCAAUAUUUUACUUGUUACUGUUGUGAAUAAUACAUUGUCUGAAUAACAUUUUGGACAGCCUGCGUAUAAUCAAAUACGAAGCAGCUGUAUCACUGGGAUAUCCAAAGCAGAACUACUCUUGCUUUUGAAAUUGUUCAAAAGUCAGAGUAAAAAUUCCUUUGUCUAAACAAUGUUGUUUUCUAUAACAAUAGAAUAAGCAAGAAUUAUAAUGUUAGAAUAAAUAUAAAUAAUGUAAAUAAAGUGUGUGACGUAAAAACCUGUACGGGACUUCAAGCAAGCUGUAUGAGCAGAAUGUCAAGUGCAGUUGCUUCACUGCUUAGAAGUUUAGGUCUAUACCUAAGUGUGUUAAAAAUAAAAAUGGGCAGAUGGGGUCUGUCUGCAGUAUUAGUCUGUAGAGAAUGUUUUACAAAAGGUGAGUAAGAGGCAAGACCACUAGAAAAUAGCUUUUUCCCUGACAAAGCCUCCUAACUUUCAGGAAACAGAAAUCUUGGGCUUGGUAUGACA